AUGUUGGGUAUACCAUUCAUUGAUCGAUGGCUAUCCAAUACAUUUAAACCAAAAACCUUCGACGACGCUGUUGAUCGUCUCAGCUAUGUCACAACUGCAACCCUUCUCACCUUCUUCUCUAUUAUGGUUUCUUGCAAACAGUAAGUUUUGGUUUUGGUGUCAAAAACCUGUCAUGGUCUAGAGACUUUUUGAAUCUAUAUAUAUUUGUAUAUUUUCAUUAUAUAAAUAUAUCAAAUAAAAUAGAAUAAGAUGACUCGGGUCAUUUUGUUUGCUCAUCUUCCCGCUCGAAUGGUUUUUCGCGCGUAGAUAUGCAGAGUAAAGAGAGGGUUUUGGGGUAACAAUUUGAAUAUUUAGAAUUUCGAAUUUUCAUAUUGAAAAACAGCACAAAGGAAUUCAAUGUUGGGAAAAGUAGCAGUGAACUUAUAUCAGAUAUAUUUUUUCCAGAUAUGUUGGAUCAGCGAUCCAGUGUUGGAUGCCAAUGGAAUUUAAAGGAGGAUGGGAGCAAUACGCGGAAGAUUAUUGUUUCAUUCAAAAUACAUUCUUCAUCCCUGAAAAAGAAGAAAUCCCCGGUGCAGUUGAAGAUCGUCAAAGAGCCGAAAUCGGCUACUAUCAGUGGGUACCCAUUGUGUUAGCAAUCCAAGCUUUCAUGUUCUACUUACCAUCAUACAUUUGGACAUCUUUGUAUAAACAAUGUGGUCUUGAUUUCCCAUCAGUUAUCACUGAAGCUGAAGCAUUGCGUUGUAAAGAGUCGGAGGAUCGUAGAAGAGGUGUGCAGAAACUUGUCGCAUUCAUUGAAGAUAUUUUGACAACACGCGAAAAGAAUGAAUAUGGAAGAUUCUAUUGUUAUCGUUUUGGUAAAGGACUUGGAUCAAUGACAUCGGUUCUUUAUAUUUUCAUCAAAUUGAUGUAUUUGGCAAAUGUUCUUUGCCAAUUCUUGAUUUUGAAUCAAUUUCUUGGAAAUGAAUAUCUUCUUUGGGGAUUCCAUGUAAGUGAAAUUUCAAGGCAACUUGAAAACACAAAAAAAUAUAUAAUUUUGUGGCUCCAGGCUUUGGGAUUUUGAAAGUUUUAAUAUCAGUCAUGUUUCAAAUCUCUCAAAAAGUUUCUAUAAAUCUAGGUCUCGCCGGUUUUAAUUUGGCGAAGACCAAUUUUACAACCGAUUGUACUAUUUUUCCACAAUCUAAAUUCUACCCAUUUCUGAAAAAAAUUAGAAUCGCUACAUAUUUCACAGCUUCAACAAGCCAGAGGUCUCUAAAAAUCAACCAAAAAAUAUAUAUAUAUCAAGUUCAAAAAAAUCAUUUUUCAGACCUUCAUCGAUCUCUACAAUGGACGUGAAUGGCAAGAUUCUGGUGUAUUCCCACGUGUCACAUUGUGCGAUUUCUCGGUUCGUAAAUUGGCCAACACUCAUAGAUAUACAGUUCAAUGCGUUUUGAUGAUCAACAUGUUCAACGAAAAAAUCUACCUCUUCAUCUGGUUCUGGUUCUUGUUUGUUCUCAUCACAACAGGAAUCAAUGCGAUUUGCACAAUUUAUCGAUUGAGCAUCUCAAGCUCUCGCAACAAUUAUAUUCGAUCAUUGCUCAGCGGACCAGGGCAUCAAUUCAAAGAUGACUCGUCGAAACUUCCAAUCAGAAAAUUCACCUACUAUGGUUUGAAACAAGACGGUGUUCUUUUGAUGAGAUUUAUUGAUGAUCACGCAGGAGCUAUUGUUACCAAAGAAAUUUGCGAAGCAUUGUUCCAGAAUUAUUUGGAGACUGUAAGUUUUCAUUUCAUUUUCAGUUCCUGAUUUUUCAUCUAAUUACGUUGAUUUUAGAAUCUAUACAUUCAACAACAAAUUCAUCAUCACGGACAAUCCACCAAAUCAGUAACACCGGCUGGAGACGAUGGCCAUCACGAACAUCUUUAUACACAAGAAAAAAUUGGUCUCAUGGCCUAA